AUUUUUUUUUACGAUCCCUUAAAAUGGGAAUUGCAUCUCUUCCGCGUCUAUAUGAAAGUCGCUCGGCAUGGCUUAAUGCUCUUGCAUUUGAACUUUCUGCUUUCCUUUUUUUCUUCGCUUUCUUACGGUACCCACAGUCGCUGUUGUACCUGGGCGCUGUGUCCCUACAGGCGGCGUGCCACUGCCCUAAAGCUUCGUUUCAUUGGCUCUGACACGUUCUCUGCUGUGUCAGUAUGGCUCGGUGACAGCGCUCGGCAAUGGCGCAUGCGCGCUUCGCUCACGCCUCAGUCUUUUUGCAAGUCGGGUUCAGUUCAGUACGAGACCAUGUCCGCCAUCAAGCUUGUACUCUUUACCCUUUCAUUUAAAGCAGCGUCUUCAUGAAAUUGUAACGAUAAGAGGCCUUAAGCAUGGUCAGCUUGGGCGCAGUUCAGGUGAAGUUGGAGCUCGGCCACCGCGCCCAGGUCCGAAAGAAACCCACUGUGGAGGGCUUCACUCACGACUGGAUGGUAUUCGUCAGAGGACCAGAGCACAGCAACAUCCAGCACUUCGUGGAGAAGGUCGUGUUUCACCUUCACGAGAGCUUCCCGAGACCCAAGAGAGUUUGUAAAGACCCACCUUAUAAAGUGGAAGAGUCCGGCUAUGCUGGUUUUAUUUUGCCAAUUGAAGUCUACUUCAGAAAUAAGGAAGAGCCCAAGAAAGUGAGAUUUGACUACGAUUUGUUUCUUCACCUUGAAGGCCACCCUCCUGUAAACCACCUUCGCUGUGAAAAACUCACAUUCAAUAAUCCCACUGAAGAAUUCAGGAGAAAGCUGCUAAAAGCAGGAGGGCAACGAAAUCCCCAUAAGAGGAGUGCAGAGGACCCAAAAGUCAUGGUCAUGCAAGAAGGAUCCACAUCUCUCUUUGGACAAAGCCAGCAGCUCCCUGCCCUUCCUAGUAAUUCCUUGUCAUUUUUGGAGUCUAAAAGCAAGAAGUCCUCUCAUGGGUCAAAGGAACUCUCCAAGUGUGGUGGUAGUACGCUCACUACCACAACUGCUACAAAUAGCAGCUUUUCAAAAAUUCAUAAAUCCACAAAAGAGCACAAGGACAAAUCUCUUAAGGACUCAAAAGAUCAUAGAAGUGCCUUGAAAGAACCUUGCAGGGAACUCGGUAAACUUUCCAAAGAUUCCAAGAAACCCAAAGAAAACCGACCACUUAAAGAUGAAAAACUUAUUCCGAAAAUGGCCUUUAAGGAGCCUAAGCCUAUGUCCAAGGAACCUAAAGUAGAAGCAAGUAAUGUCCACAGUGGUGGAACAGUAAUCCUGCAUAAUGACAGAAAGGUCCCAAGCAAAAGGCCACCUAAUACUGACACCGAACUUGUGACCAAAAAGAGAAAAAAGAGUAGCUCAGAGAACUUGCUAAAAUCCAGCUCCAGCACAUCUCCAGCCCAUCUUUCCUGUGAUAAAAGACAGGUAAAGGACAAAACCCAAUUCCGACCAUCAAAACUUAAAAUAGAGCUUGAAGCAUCAGAGAAAAAGAGGCCAACUUUACCACCUUUUGAAGAUGUUGUUGAUCCAAAUGAUUCUGAUAUGGAAGAUAAUAUGUCUGUCAAAUCAGAGUCUGCACAUCACAGCCCAGCAAGCUCCAGCUCUAGUUCAAGCUCUAGCUCUGGUUUUACUCCCUCCCAGACCAGCAGACAAGUUUUAGAUCCUUUGGGAUCAAUAAUGCAAGAUCUUCAUUCAGAUGACAAUGAAGAAGAAUCAGAAGAUGAGGAUGACAAUGACAAUGAUUCUGAUAUUGAGAGACCAGUGCACACACAGAUAAUGCAUAGAAACCGAAGGGUUAGCUUGAGUGACGGCAGUGAUAGUGACAACAGUGCUGCUUCUUCACCACCGCCUCAUAGUGAAACACCAGCUUUACUCAAAACAAGCAAUAACCAGAUUUUAGAAGUUAAAAGUCCAAUAAAACAAAUGAAACCUGAAAAAACAGUUAAGAAUGGUGACUGUGAAAAGGGUAUUUCAGGUUAUUACCAGAAGAUUAACAACUCAAUUUGCACUGCUGAAGAUAUUACCAAACAAAAUCAGGAAUAUCUAGAUGAGUUGGUGGAUCUUCACAGAAGAUUGAUGGCACUGAGAGAGAGACACAUACUUCAGCAGAUUGUUAACCUAAUAGAAGAAACUGGACAUUUUCACAUAACAAACACAACAUUUGACUUUGAUCUAUGUUCACUGGACAAAACUACAGUACGGAAACUGCAAAGUUACCUCGAGAAGUCUGGAACUUCCUGAGGUGUGUCACAAAGUGGCAGGACUUUGGAGAGAAAUUACUGCAUCUGAAAAAAUAAAAAAAUAAAAGUUGCUUAGUACUUGAAUUAAGCUUUAUUUUUAAAGCAUUCUGCAUCUCUAAUCAAAGAGGAGAAAUCUGUCGAAGGAGAAAAAUGCUAAUAUCAAUUUUUGCAGGAAAUAUCUGAAAGCAUUUCACCUGGAAAGCCUUGAAUAUUUUUUUUAAAAAGAGACAAAAAAAAAACCCUUGCUCUUAAUGAAUGUCUCCGGUUAUCAUAAAUGUCUGCGUGAUAUUCUGUUUGUGAUGAAUGCAUGUUUAACACUGCCUUAUUACAUUAUGGACUAUUUAUUAUAUGUCAUAUACCUGACUUUGCAUAGGGAAUGACACUACUUUUACAUUUUCAGAAAA